UUCGGACAAAUCAGAUAUGCCUGUAUUUGGACAAAUUGUCAUAGGACCACCUGGAUCUGGAAAAAGCACUUAUUGUGCAGGAAUGAUGGAAUUUUUGACAGGUUUAGGUCGAAAAGUUGCAGUUGUAAACUUGGAUCCAGCAAACGACAAUCUUCCAUAUGAGUGCAAGAUCAAYAUUUCGACUUUGAUUUCACUGAGUGAUGUCAUGGAUAACUUGAAACUUGGACCUAACGGAGGGCUUAUAUAUUGCAUGGAGUAUCUUGAGAAAAAUAUUGAUUGGUUACAAAAUGAACUUAAARAACUUGACGGUUAUUAUUAUUUGUUUGAUUGCCCUGGUCAGGUUGAACUUUACACGCAUCAUAACUCUGUUAGAAGCAUUGUAAAACAGCUUGAGACGUGGCAGUUUAGGCUUGCAGCAGUUCAUCUUGUAGACUCCCACUAUUGUAGUGAUCCUGGAAAAUUCAUCUCUGUUUUACUUACAUCACUUAAUACAAUGCUCAAGGUUGAGUUGCCUCAUGUUAACAUCCUGUCUAAAAUAGAUCUCAUUGAGCAGUAUGGCAAACUUUCAUAUAAUCUAGAAUAUUACACAGAGGUGAUGGAUCUUAACUACCUGGUUGAACAGCUGAAGGAUGAUGCUUUUACCAAAAAAUACAAAAAAUUAAAUGAUGCUUUGGUAGGUUUGGUUCAAGAUUACUCWUUGGUGUCAUUUGUGACUCUAAAUAUACAGGACAAAGAAAGUUUGCUGAAUGUCAUGAAAGUUGUAGACAAAGCUAAUGGCUACGUAUUUGGUACAAAAUAUGAAGAUAGUAACUUUUCUGCAYUGAUGUCUUCAGCUGUUGGUGCAGACUUUGAGUUCUUUAAAUCAGCAAGUGUGCAAGAACGAUAUAUGAAUCAAGACUCUUAACAAUAAAAUAUGAAUUUUUGUGGCUGUUAAACUCUUAAGAUUACUGAGCUAAAAGUUGUUUACAAAUGUUGAGGAAAGUACUCAGGGAAAAUGACCCUCAGUCAUAGAACAAGCAUUGUUUCCAAUGUUUACAGUACUGACUUAGAUAAACCCCUAAGAUAUCAUCCCUCUAUCAUCGGUAGAUAAU